GUUUUCUCCAAAUUGAUAUGUGGGAUUUGUUUGUUCUGCACAUGAUUGUACUAUUUUUGAUAUGAACAAGAAACUAUGAGAAUCUUGCUUUUCUUGUUCUUCACUUAAUGUUCAAAGGAAGUUAGGUGAGUGGUUGGGAUCCAAAUUAUUGAUGAUGGAAUUAGUGUUUCCAACAACAUCCCACCUAAUAUUAUUAAUUCGUUUGAAGAUGGUCUUUUUGAUGAAAAAUCUUCUUUAAUGAUGCUCAUUGAUAUCAAAAUUAAUAAACUUUGAAAAUAAGUAUUUGAGAAAUUCUUAGUUGCUUGAACCAGUUGUGGUUUCAACAUCAUGGGCCACUUGAUUGUCGUGUGUCAUAUUCUAACUAAUUCUACUUUCAUUUUUUUGUGGUAUAGAUUGUGAUAUCACAUUUAGAUUGUAGGUGGCUUGUGGUAUGUAUAUUUUGCAGUUGAUGGAAAACUAGUUGUUGUGUGUCACAUCCGUGGCUCUCGGCUUGUGAUUACGCCCGGUUUGUUAGGACUGCAAUGUGCCUCUACUUGUAGACGCAACGAGAAAGCGUGUAAAAGGCUCUCCAGCCUCCUUAGGCCGAGUUAGAUAGUCGAUACGUCUAAAUGGAGCGUUAUCUCCGAGGACCAGCAAGGACUUCGUGCCAAAACCUUAAAUCCUUGACCUCAACGCUUGACGAGCCCAACACCAAUCCGUCUGCUGGCUUCGAGUGCAACAUCUGCCUAGAGCUCGUGCAGGACCCCGUGGUCACAUUGUGUGGCCAUCUCUACUGCUGGCCGUGCAUAUACCGGUGGAUCAGUUCCCAACACGCCUCCCCCGAGAAUCCCGACCACCAAAGCCCCCAAUGCCCGGUUUGCAAGAGCAAGGUCACGGAAAAGACCUUGAUACCCCUCUACGGCCGCGGCCAGAGCACGGACGCCUCCAAGGACGAGCCAUCCCGUCUCAUACCACAAAGGCCUCCGAGCCCCCGAUGCCUGACCAACCUCAUCAUACCAAACGCGACGAGCAACUACACGCCGUACCCGUUCGAGCAACUCCACCGUAGAGGCUACGGUGCCCCGCCAUCCCCUCGACGAGAUUACGGAAGCUACCCCUCGUCCCCGGUCCUCGGACAUGGAAGCAGCGCGCCACACUUGGCCGACCCCAUGAUCGGGGUGUUCGGGGAGAUGGUGUAUUCGAGAAUAUUCGGGAACUCGGAGACGACAUUGUAUACGUAUCCGAAUUCUUACUAUACAGCCGGUAGCAGCUCUCCUAGGCUGCGAUGGCAUAUGGUGCAAACUGAUAAAUCAUUGAGCAGAGUAUGUUUCUUCUUUUUUUGUUGUAUGAUGCUAUGUUUGCUCCUAUUUUGAGCUAAAUGUAUUUUCAAUAUUAUGAUUUGUACGUAUUAUAGUUUA